CAAGCACUGAGUUGCAUGGACGCUUGAGGCCAUCAAGCGCAUGACUUCCACAGAUCAUCAUGGCUGCCGAAAACACCGAAAACAUUCCCCAGGAAGAAGAAUCACAGUUUGAUAUUGAAAGUCAUGAGUUUCUGAUACCAAAGAAAGAAGUUGGUCCACCUCCAGAAAUAAUACCAAAAUGGGAAAAAUCACAGGCAUACCAGGAUCUAGUUGGUUUCAUACUAGCCAUGAAUAAUGCAGUGAAAGGGAAAAAGAUCACAGCAGAUAGUACAAUGUCUCCUACUGUAACACAACUGAUAAAGCUACUAGAGACAUUAGACAGCUGGAUAGCCGAGUUCCCACCUAUAGAUCAACCACAGAGAUUUGGUAAUGCAGCUUUUAGGGACUGGUUUAACAAAUUACAACAGAAUGCUAAACAAUUAAUAGAAGAUAUGUUAGAAGAUAAAUACAAAAAGAGCAGUGAAGAAAUAGCAGUGUACCUGGUGGAAUCUUUCGGCAAUCAAACGAGAAUAGAUUAUGGUACAGGUCAUGAGAUGGCGUUUGCAGCAUUUUUAUUCUGCUUCUAUAAGAUUGGAGUAUUGACAGAAUCAGAUGCUGAAGCUGUGGUUUUGAAAGUUUUUAAUAGGUAG